AGUCCGGUGAAGAUGAAGAUGAGGCUGCAGCUCUUCUUGCUCGUCUCCGCGGCAAUCUGUGCUGCCGGGAAGCCGCUGAGCAAGGCAGUGGACAGGAACAAACUGCUGCUCAUCUCCUUCGAUGGCUUCAGGUGGGACUACGACCAGGACGUGGACACGCCGCACCUGGACCAGCUGGCGCGGGACGGGGUCAAGGCCAAAUACAUCACCCCCCCAAUGCUGACCAUGACGUCCCCGUCACACUUCACCACCAUCACCGGCCGUUGGGUGGAGGAUCACGAAGUCGUCCACAACAUGAUGUUUGACCCCAAGACGAACCUAAAACUUCCUCACAAACUGACUCUGAAACAAUCAAAGUGGUGGGACAACGGAGUUCUGCCGUUAUGGAUCACAGCGCAGAACCAGGGUCUGAAGACCGCGUCCUUCUACUUCCCUGGCGGCGCGGCUAACUAUAGCGGCCAGGUGGUCGACCGCGUGCGCGUGACGGAGCACGGCCACCCGGACGACAACGAGACCGAGUGGCGGCAGAACAUCGACACGGUAAUGAGCUGGUUCGCCGACGAAGACUUCGACCUGGUGACGCUGUACUACGGCGAGCCGGACAACGUGGGCCACGCCCGCGGCCCGGACACACCGGAUAGGAAGGAGAUCAUCCGGCAGAUCGACCGCACCGUCGGCUACCUGCGGGACGCCAUCGGCCGCUGGCGGCUCAACGACAGCCUGAACGUCAUCAUCACCUCCGACCACGGCAUGACCACCGUCAAGAAACGCCCGCAGGUGGACGAGAUCAUCCUCAAUAAGUACCUGAACUUAUUGAAGCUCACCAGCUUCGAGAUCCUCGACUACGGUGGCUUCGGCAUCCUGACGCCGCGGCCGGGGAGGGAGCAGGAAGUGUUCGACGCUCUGUCCAAUGCGCCUAAUCUGACCGUGUACCAGAAACACAAGAUCCCCGAGAGCUUCCGUCUCGCCAAGAGCGAGCGGCUGCCGCCUAUCGUGGUCGUCGCGGAUCUGGGCUUCAAUCUGAACUCUAGAUUGAUCGUCUACGUCAACAAAGGCGACCACGGCUACCAUAACGGAGAGAUGGACAUGAAGACCAUCUUCAGGGCCUUCGGACCCGACUUCAAGAAGAACUUCCUGUCCGAGCCGUUCGACAGCAUCCACAUCUACCCUCUGAUGUGUAAAGUUCUGCAGAUCGAGCCAGCGCCGCACAACGGAUCUCUGGCGCAGACGAAGGAUCUGCUGCUGCACAGCGGCGGGGGGUCCCAGAGGCUGUCUGCUGCUCUACUGCUGACCACGCUGCUCAUCAUGUCCACUCUGCUCUGAUCACUGGAAACUAAACUAAACCAACAGCUGAGGCCCCAAAAUAUACCUGACAUUAACAGAACAUAA